UCAUAUUUUUUACUUUUUCUCUCUCAGAACGCAUUUUGUAAAUAUUUUUGAUUUUGUUACGAAUUAGUACAUACAUACAGUCCCGAGACAUUUUUUAGAGAUUUCUAAAAAUACAUUCUCGUUCGCGUCUUGUAUCCCAUACUUCGUGGUUCAUGACGGUUCUUUCAGUUCUUUGCCGCGUAAUUUUAUGAAAGUUCCCCGUCGGCGUCGCGCCGAUAAUUGUUAGGUUAGGUGGUUAGGAUCAUGGGCGAGACCGGCCACGCGGAUAUGCUGCCCGCCGACACGACCCGACUGACCGCCGAUUCCGGCUUCAGCGAAUUGCUGAGGUCGGCGGAGCAGCUGUCCGCUGCCGUCGAGGGAAACGAGGAUCUGCCGCAGGUCGAGAGAAAUCUGCGGCAGAUACUGGAGGCGUCCAACGAGCUGUGGUCCCGCGUCACGCAAACGAGCACGCAGGACAACGAGGCGCAAGCUCAUGUCUUACUAGGCUCCCGAGGAGUAGAUCUGUCUCAGAUCUCGCAGAAGUUAAAUUCGCUCAGUGCUAGACGCACGUUCGAGCCUUUAGAUCCUAUCGCGGACACCGACAUUGUCAGUUACCUUAGAAACGAGAAGGAGAAUGCGAUUCUUUCCAUUAUCGAACAGGUCCACAAGGAUACAUUCGAGCUUACGAGGGCUCAACAAAUGGAACAUAUGCUGGGCGAAUGGAAGCAAAUGCGCUUUGAGAUAAUAAACGCCAUGACCGCGCCGUCUGGCGAACUGGUGGAUUUACGCGGUGCUCCGCAGCGUACAAAACUAGCCGGUUCGAUGGUCAGCGGUCUCUCCAGCAUAGAAGUCGCCUAUGUGAAGGAAUUGCAGACCUAUAACGAUCACGUCCUGAGGGGGGUAACACGGCCCAGCCUGUUUAACGCGUUCUGCAAAGCCUCCGAAUCCUUUAACGACAAGAAGAUCGUGGAUCUAUGGCAAAUGGUGAAGUGUAUGGUCGAUAUCCCACCGACGCCCAGAGGAGAUCAAAUUAAAUCGAGAAGCAGCUCUGCGAUCGAACAGAGAAUCGUCCUGCAGGCCAGAAAGUAUCUGGAAAAUCGCUACAGAGAUUUCAUGAACUCCAUAAUCAACGAGAAUCUGGUGCAGGCGAAACGUGGCGGGGUGCCAGGCACUGUACCCCUGGUCAAGAGCUUCGUGGGUGUCAAGGUACAAAAUCUGAGGGAUUUGGAGGACACCAUGAUGGAGGACAAGCCGUUGUGGCCUUUAGUGUAUUACUGUAUGCGAUCCGGGGACUACAAGGCCGCGUUGCAGUGCCUGAAUCAAUGCGGCACAGAAUUCCCGGAAUUCAAAACCGCACUCGAGGAAGCUUGCGACGAUCCGCAACAUCAUCCGGGCAGUCGCGCCGAGUCCAUCCUGAAGCUGCACUACAGGAAGCAAGUGCGAUCCGUCACCGAUCCGUACAAGAGAGCGGCGUAUUGUGCGUUGGUCCCUUGUGAGCUGGACGAUUUGCACUCCGAAGUGAUAUCCACGGCCGACGAUUAUCUGUGGCUGAAGCUGUGCCAAGUGAGAGAUCAGGCGGACGUUGAGAAUAAACUAACAUUGGAUUAUCUGCAGACUACAAUUUCGGAAAUAUACGGAGAAACUUAUUAUCACGCGCACGAACAGCCGUUUUUGUACUUCUCGAUGCUGUUUCUGACCGGACAGUUUGAAGCGGCGAUAGAAUUCUUAGCCACGGGCGCUGGAGCGAGGCACUUACCGCACGCUGUCCAUCUGGCAGCCGCUAUGCACGAGCACAAUUUGUUGGCUGUCAGUCAGAGCGUCUUGGCGCCGCUGAUAAGCGUGGACCCCGCCGACAAGCCGCCAGCAAAAAGGCUGAAUUUCGCUAGACUGAUAUUGUUGUACGUUAAAAGAUUCGAAUCGUCAGACCCGAAAGAGAGCCUUCAUUAUCUAUUUUUAUUGAGAUGUAUGAAGGAUCCGUACGAUCGUAAUAUGUUCGCCGCGUCUGCCGCGGAAAUGGUGGUGGACGCUUCCCCUGCGAAUCGCGUUUUGUUAGUCGGCAAGCUCGACAAAGACCGCAGACUUCCAGGGAUCUUAGAUCAGUUCCAGAUCAAUACGGACGACGUGAUAAAUAUAUGUGCCGAAACGUUGUACAGGAAAGGCCUGCUGGAAGACGCGGUCAUGAUGUACGAUCUAGCCAGGAAUCACGAGAAGGUUCUCAGCUUGAUGUGCACGCUUUUGACGCAAGUUGUUAGCCAAAGAGGACCGCCCGGCUCUCUGAGAGCGCGAUUACAAGUCACGGCGAUGGAUAUCAGUACAAGAUACAAGGACAUCGCAAUUCAAGCGCCUUCAGAAGUAGUGUCUUCAUUCUAUACCUUGAGGGACCUUAUGGUUUUCUUCGAUCAGUUCCACAACGAGCAAUAUCAGAGCGCGCUCAGAACAAUUGCGGAUUCGAAGAUGUUGCCUCUUCAACUAAAGGAAGUCGACGAGAGAGUGACCGCCUUACGUCGAGUAUCGCCCGAGGUGGCUGGCACAUUAGCCGACGUUCUUCUGGCCACUAUGACGAUACUGUAUCGUCAGUAUCAGAAGCUGCGAUCGGUCGAACCAGGUGAUAAGAUCGCGAGGGAGCAGCAGUUGCACGAUUUGCGGGAGCAAGCGCGAGCGUUGACGAGUUUCGCGGGAACGCUGCCGUAUCGUAUGCCAAACGAGACGAACAGCAAACUUGUACAAAUGGAGAUUCUCAUGCAUUAGAAUCAAAUGCGAAACUUAUAUUUUAGGUCUGAGAAUUUAAAAGAUAUAGUCUAUACAUUUGCUAGUUAACUUUAUUUAAAAGGUUUGUUUUUCUAUUGUAUAUCAUAGAUAAGUAUUAGCAAAAAUUUUUAAUUUAAAAGUGCAAGUGUGGCACGUAUACCAUGGAAGCAGUGAUUGACAGAAGCGGGCUUUCAAAGAUCCAACAGUUCGAUUCAGUUUCAAGUAUUGUAUUAUAUAGGAUGCAAGAAAGACUCAGUACGAUACUCGAAUUAUUUUUGUAUUUCUAUUUGUAAAUGUACGUGAUAUACCGAAUGUAGACUUUUGCAAAUACAUAAUCCAUUAAUUUAAUAAAUA